AUCAGCUUUUGCCGGUCGUGGCCUCUAGGUGCUUCAUCUCAGACUGGCAGUACCGGGGGAAGGGCGCUCUAGGGCAGAGACGGAAGCCUAGCGCUGUGAAGAGAAAGUGACGAGCCGCCCUUCGUUGUCAGCCAGGAACGAGGACACAGCGGCGCUUCCACCCAGCUGCUGUCGGAUCCCUAGGCCGCCGAGAUGGCAGCUGCCGGCGCCCGAGGCCUCCGGGCCUCCUACCACCGACUCAUGGAUAAAGUGGAGUUGUUGUUGCCGGAGAAAUUGAGGCCGCUAUACAACCACCCGGCAGGCCCCAGAACAGUUUUUUUCUGGGCUCCAAUAAUGAAAUGGGGAUUAGUGUGUGCUGGAUUAGCUGACAUGGCCAGACCUGCAGAGAAACUCAGCACAGCUCAAUCCACUGUGCUGAUGGCUACAGGGUUUAUUUGGUCAAGGUACUCACUUGUAAUUAUACCAAAAAAUUGGAGUUUGUUUGCUGUUAAUUUCUUUGUGGGAUCAGCAGGAGCCUCUCAGCUGUUUCGUAUUUGGAGAUAUAAUCAAGAACUCAAAGCUAAAGGAGUCAAGUAAGAGAGUUCCUGAUCACCUGAACAACCCAGCUGUGGACAGAAACAUUGGAACAUAGUCUAUUUGAUUAUUGAUAAGGUGAUGCUGUUCUGAUAACAUUUGAAAAGAAUGGAAAGAACCUAACUGUAAUUAAUAGCUAGCACUUUGACUUCACAGAAAAAUAAAGCAAACUUAGUAACAGUCUCUACAUACGACUCA